GAAGAAGAAUGUCAAGCUUACCGGAGGGAAUCAUAGAGAACAUACUCACAAUAUUACCAGUCAAAUCGAUCUCAAGGUUCAGGUGUGUAUCCAAAAAGUGGUGUCUGUUAUUUCAAAACCAUAAUUUUAUCAAAAAACAUCACACAAGCAUGCUAAUCUAACGAACAAGUUCAAAAUCUUGGCGAACAUCGACGAAAUCCUUGGUGGUGAGAUUGAACCUCCUUAUCUCUAUUCUAUUGAUAGUGAUGAUCUAUCAUCACCACCAUUUUUAGGUCAUGCUGUUGGGAUUGAUUUUCCAUGUAUGGACAUACAAGAUUUUCCCAGAAUUUAUGGUUCUUGUGAUGGCUUGGUUUGCUUAGCACCAUUUUUCGAUAAUAUUUGCAUUUGGAACCCUGCAACCCGAGAAUAUAAAAAAGCACCAGAACCUUUAGCCCGCUUUCCUCAUGCACAUGGGUUUGGUUUUGAUUGCAAGAAUGAUGAUUAUAAGGUAGUGAGAAUCGGGAGGGCUGAAGAUAGUGAUCAAACUGUUGAAGGUGUUGAACUUUUUGAAGCUUGCGUUUAUUCGCUAGCUUCAAAUUCUUGGAAGAAUCUUGGUAUCAUUCGUUAUGGUUUUUCAGAAGUCUCAGAUAACGGGUUUCAUCUUAAUGGUGUUUGUCAUUGGAUUGCUAAUACUACUGAUGAACGAACUGGAACCGUAUCUGCUGUUGUUGUUUGUUUUGAUUUUUCGGAUGAGACAUUCUAUGAUUUGCCAUUACCUAAGAAUAAUUCAAGUAAGGGUGGAAAGCUUCCCAGGUGGGAUUUGGGCAUUUGGGAAGGGAAACUCUGUCUGCUUUGUGGGAAUGGAAUGGGGUGUCAGGUUGAUGUGUGGACAAUGACGGAUAACAAGUGGAGUAAGCACUCGAGCAUCACUGCGCUAAUAGCUGACAUGAAUUAUAAAAGUCCAAUUCAGACCUUACAGAAUGGUGAGAUCCUAUUUUUAAGUGCACAUAGAGAGGAAUAUGGACUUCAUUUCAUUUCAUACGACCCUAAGCUCGAAAGGCCUAGAGCUAUGAAGAUACAUGGUUUCUCAGGCGAAGAUGAUGAAGUGGUGACUUACAUUGAGACCUUAAUAGGACUGAACUCCGGUACUUAUGUUGGGAAAAAGAAGAAAAAUAGAGUACCAAAGAAGAAACAGAUACUAAUGACUGAUAUGGAUCUGGAAUCAUGAACCAACAAAGUAAGGGAGGAAGAUAUGGUAGUGGUGGUAAUAUUUUUUAUCUUUUUGUGAUAAAGAAAUGGAAGCGGAAAUGGUUCAAAUACUUUGUUACAUGUAGUAGUGGAUUAGCGAAGAACCAAUUUGAGUUCAGGCGCACGGUGUGGAUGAUACAAUGGCUUUUCGGGCAAUUUGAGUUCCAAACAAAAUUUAGUUCACUGCACC